GCCGCGCUGGGCCAGUGAGGAGCGCACGAGCCUUCGAGGUUGUGGACGACGGAGGGAGGAGCCGCCGCCAACGCCAGCUCCCUCCCGGAGGGACCCCGAACCCCCCGCUGGCCAUGAGCCGCCGGGCCCCGGGAGGCCGGCCGCGGUCCGGGCAGCGCUCCUCCGGCGCCCCGGCCCUCCCGGCCACAGCUGCGCGCCUGUAGCCUCCGGGGGCUGCGAUGGGACGGGAGCCAUGAAUGGUGCAGCCCCCGGCCCCGCCGCCGCCGCCGCCGCCCCGGUCCCGGUUCCGGUCCCGGACUGGCGGCAGUUCUGCGAACUGCACGCGCAGGCGGCCGCCGUGGAUUUCGCCCACAAGUUCUGCCGUUUCCUUCGGGACAACCCGGCCUACGACACGCCCGACGCCGGGGCCUCCUUCUCCCGCCACUUCACCGCCAACUUCCUGGACGUGUUCAGCGAGGAGGUGCGCCGCGUGCUGGUGGCCGGGCCGGCGCCCCGGGGAGCGGCCGAGCCCCCAGACGCCAUGGAGCCCGAGCCCUCGGGGCCCCCGGCGCUCAAAGCCGCGCCCUACGGCCACUCGCGGAGCUCCGAGGACGUGUCGGCGCACGCGGCGGCCAAGGCCCGCGUCCGCAAGGGCUUCUCGCUGCGCAAUAUGAGCCUGUGCGUGGUGGACGGCGUACGAGACAUGUGGCACCGGCGCUCCUCGCCCGAGCCCGACGCCGCCCCGCGGGCCGCCGAGCCCCCAGCCGAGCCGCGCGACAAGUGGACGCGGCGCCUGCGGCUGUCGCGGACGCUGGCGGCCAAGGUGGAGCUGGUGGACAUCCAGCGCGAGGGCGCGCUGCGCUUCAUGGUGGCCGACGACGCGGCCGCGGGCCCCGGGGGCGCCGCCCAGUGGCAGAAGUGUCGCCUGCUCCUGCGCAGGGCCGUGGCAGGCGAGCGCUUCCGCCUAGAGUUCUUCGUGCCGCCCAAGGCCUCCAGGCCCAAAGUCAGCAUCCCUCUGUCGGCCAUCAUUGAGGUCCGCACCACCAUGCCCCUGGAGAUGCCGGAGAAGGACAACACGUUCGUGCUCAAGGUGGAGAACGGAGCAGAGUACAUCCUGGAGACCAUCGACUCCCUGCAGAAGCACUCGUGGGUAGCUGACAUCCAGGGCUGUGUGGACCCUGGGGACAGCGAGGAAGAUGCCGAUCUCCCCUGUGCCCGGGGAAGCUGUCUGGCCAGCCGUGUGGCCUCUUGCAGCUGUGAGCUCCUGACGGAUGCAGCGGACCUGCCCCGGCCCCUAGAGACAACGGCAGCCGUGGUGACGGCCCCACACAGCCGAGCUCGAGAUGCCGUCGGGGAGUCCCUGGUCCAUGUCCCGCUGGAGACCUUCCUGGAGACCCUGGAGUCCCCAGGUGGCAGCGGCAGUGACAGCAAUAACACAGUGGAGGACGGAGCAGAGCCGGAGCCCGAGGCUGAGCCCGAGCUGGAGCUCUCUGACUACCCCUGGUUCCACGGGACACUGUCACGGGUCAAGGCAGCUCAGCUGGUUCUGGCAGGCGGGCCCCGGAGCCACGGCCUCUUCGUGAUCCGCCAGAGUGAGACUCGGCCUGGGGAGUACGUGCUGACCUUCAACUUCCAGGGCAAGGCCAAGCACCUGCGCCUGUCCUUGAACGGCCACGGGCAGUGCCAUGUGCAGCACCUGUGGUUCCAGUCUGUGCUCGACAUGCUCCGCCACUUCCACACCCACCCCAUCCCGCUGGAGUCCGGGGGCUCUGCAGACAUCACCCUUCGCAGCUAUGUGCGGGCCCAGGGCCCCCCACCUGACCCGGGGCCCUCGCCCAGCGCCGCGCCCGCGCCUCCCGCCUGCUGGAGCGAGCCGGCCGGCCAGCACUACUUCUCCAGCCUCGCCGCGGCCGCCUGCCCGCCUGCCUCGCCCUCGGAGGCCGGCGGCGCCUCGUCCUCAUCCGCCUCGUCGUCCUCGGCAGCGUCUGUGCCCGGCGCCUCGCGCCCCGCCGAGGGCCCGCUCAGCGCGCGCAGCCGCAGCAACAGCGCCGAGCGCCUGCUGGAGGCGGCGGGCGGGGGCGCCGACGAGCCCCCAGAGGCCGGGCCGGGAGAGGGCGCCCGGGGCCGCACGCGCGCCGUCGAGAACCAGUACUCCUUCUACUAGGCGGGCGCGGGCGGCGCCAAGGCCCUGGGGCCAC